GUUGACUUGAUCCUCCCCGUCGCCGCCGCCCUCAUCGUCCCCGUCGUCGUCCCCCACCAUGAAGCUCGUAAGAUUCCUGAUGAAACUGAACAAUGAGACGGUCACGGUCGAGCUCAAGAACGGCUCCAUCGUCCACGGCACGAUCACAGGCGUGGACAUGCAAAUGAACACUCAUCUCAAGACCGUCAAAAUGACCGCCCGCAACCGCGAGCCUACGUCCUUGGAUUCACUCUCCAUUCGCGGGAACAACAUUCGCUACUUCGUCCUCCCCGACGCCCUUCCUCUCGACACCUUGCUCGUCGAUGACGCCCCGAAACCGAAGAACAGGAAAAAGGACGAGGCGCGAGGCCGCGGUCGUGGACGAGGGGUCGAGCGCGGUCGUGGGCGUGGAAGGGGGAGGGGCAGAGGGAGGGGCUUCUGAUCAAACACUUUCUCAUCAUCGUCGUCGCACGUCGUUCUACGGUCUGUAUUCCCUACUACUCUUGUGCAUUAGGUGUGUAUCCGAUGGCGUCCGAUCCUUCAGUCGAAGCGAUUGUGAACACGUCUAACAGGUCGGCGAACGAUCCGCCGUCAUGUUCACCCUAAGUUGCGUUGACUUGCAACUCUCCGGCACUUCUUUAUGGCUGGGCUUGCACAACGAGAAUCAUAACUGACUGCAAGGAAACUAUUAUCAUGGCCAGACAAUGAGUUGCAUAGUGACUGUCCUUGUCUCACUGGGGGGGAUGGCCCAGCAGGCAACACUGAAACAUUAGCAUUGUUCAAAGUUUGUGUACAGGCAUGGGAUGGAUCAUGGCAUACUAUUUUGGACCAGUCAGUCAGC